AAUGACUUAUACUAUUAGUUGGAUAUGCUGUGUAUGUUUUCUCUUCAAAAUUCCAGAUUUAGUAGGUUUGGCAUACACUAUCAUGGGUAGGGGAGCUUGGAGUUUUCUUGUUUUUGUUAAUUCUUUUGUUUGUUGGAAGAAGAAUGAGAUAUUGUGGAUGGUUGGGGUUUUGCAGGGUGGGUUUUGAGAAAUAUCUGGUGUAGAAUUUAUGAUUGUUUGUUUGUGUCCACAAAUCUUCUAGGGUUUAGUGUUGGACCAACAAGUCUGAAUUUUGGGUUCAUACUUGCAUUUUGAAUGUGCCAGCAAAGAUUGUAUGUUUAGCUAUUUUUUUGGGUGAUUAAUUGGAGAUUAUGAAUAUCAUUUUCAAGUGCUGGUUCUUAUUGCUAUCAGUUUAAAAUAUUUUUUCAAUUUAAAAUAUUUUUUCAACUCUGAGUGAGUUGGGUUCAAAAGAAAUUUUCUAAAGUCAUAUUUUAUUUUUUUUAAUUAUGAAAAGUUUUUGUGUCAGUUGCUUGAUCUGCUGUUUUAUGUAGUUUUUCAACGGCAUAGUUCUUUGGCCAGUUCAUAAGCCCUUUCAACCAGAGAAAGCUUAGUUAAAAAAGGCUUAAAGAAAGAUAGGAUUAGCAGGUUUUAUUUGAAAAGCUAUAAAGAACAGAAUGGCAUUUCUUUUAUUAUUUGCUCUCUAUUACAUGCUUCUAUGUAACAUUCAGGUUAGGUUAUUGUGUGUUUAGCCUUAUGCUCAAAUUGAUUUGUUAGCUUGAUUUAUGAGACGUGUUUAGCCUUAUAUGUGCUAACCUACUAGCCUGUGUGUGAAGCUUAAUGGAAUUCUGAACUUGUAUUGUUUACCUGAAUUGGAAGAAUCAGAAUGCAAAUUUUGCACCUUGGCAUGAACAUAGUAAUUGCAGGCUUAUUCUUAUAGACAUCUGUAUAAGUUUUCUAGACAAAUCUUUGACUAUAACCCUUUAUUGAUCCUGCCUGCAUGCCAAAAACUUUCACUGCUUGGAAAACUAUGGUGACAUUCAGUUAACUAGAGCAUUGGCUUUCUAAGUUGAUCUCAUCUUUGUUAAUGUUGCAUUACUGAAAUAAGAGUGUGAACACAGGCUGCUCAUGUCAGGCAAUGACAAAUCUAGUCUUUGUUAAGACAUUUGAUGACCAAUAGUGCUUAUUUCCAAUUGUACUGUCUUUAAAAAAAAAUUGAAAAUCUGUAAAAAAAACAAUAGUGCUUGUGGCUGGAAUUCAUGCAUGUGCUGCAGAUACAAAGUAUUUGUGUGUUUUGUUUUUGUAUGAUAAGGCCAUGCCAAGAGAGGGCAAUGCCUUGUCAAUGCCGUAAACUGUAAACUAGAUUUUUUUUUUUUUUCUCUCUGUUCUCUCUCUCUCUCUCUCUCUCUCUCUCUCUCUCUCUGUGCGUGUGUGCUGGUUUUUAUUUCUCCUACCUUACGAGUCAUACGACUGUCCCACUCAUAUUUCUUAUGUUUUAAUUUUCUCUUACUCAAUCUUUCUUGUUUUAAUCACAUUCUGAAUUUGAUCGUUUUCUUUUGUUAAACUUGUAACUACCUUCUCUAAUCUAACAUGAUCUAGACUUCUUAUCUGCUUCUAAGGUUGCUUUAGUUCAGCUGAUAUCUGUGUGAUUAAUGCAAUAUUUUUCUAGACAAGCAUAUGUCUGAAACUGUUGGUGCUGAUGAACUUAUUUCUAUUAGGCCUGUUCCUCUUGCCUUGAACUUACAUUGCCGAAUUAAUGGCCAACAAGAAACUGGCUUCAAAAAAGAAGAAGUCGAGAAACAAAUCAACACGUGCCAAUCCUUUAUCUGCAGAGACAGGUGCUGCUUAUGUGGCAAGUCCAUCAGUGGCCAACACAACUGCUACUCCAGCACCUGCACAAGGAUUGUAUGCUCGAUGUCUCUUAAAAGAGUACUUGAAGAACUACUAUCAAUGGGAUGAUGAGCAGUUCAAACGCGGUGGUCAAGUUAUAAUUGGAAGUCUCGUGGGGAAAGUUGCUUAUUUGGGGUCAAAAGGCAUCACACAUGGACGCUUGACUUGUGAAAAUAUAUUCGUAAUUGGCAAUGGGCCUGAGAAUCUGGAGGUUGAGAUUAAGGAUAUCCCACGUGCAUACAACCCAGCCAUGCCAAGCUAUCGCGAACAAUUUCUUACACUGGCACGUCUGCUGGUUGAUACAUGGAAAGCUACUAGUCCCAUGUUGUUAAAGCAUUUUUUCAAAAUGAUGGAAUAUUGCAUACCUUGGUUUUAUUUUAAGCAAGUACAGUGGCACCCCUUACUCUUAUCGUCUGACGAAGUAGCCGUGGUUAUAUUCCGUCUCUAUACAUAUCUUGACAUUGAGAGAAAAGGUUGGAAAAAGGAUUACAAAAACCUUAUAGGGAGGAAAAAGGUUGACUUUGGUGACAUCACUUCCGGAACUUCCGGAACUUCUCGUGGUGCCUUUGCUUUCGCUAAGGUUUACAGUUAUCCAGGAGUCAUAUACGAGCCAAAUGCGCUAGGAGCUCUCAUGUUUUUCAGACAUGCACUCAAGCAUGUAAAUGAGCAUAUCCAGGAGGACCUCAAGAAGGAAAAUGCGAAACAAGAGGAAAUAGAGGAUGCACUUUUGACAAGAGGGGAAACAGUGAAUAUGCUCGUGCAGUUCUUCCCAAAAGUGCCCCUAGAGUUAUUCAAUUACAUGCUUUAUAAGCGCAUUGACAUAAAUACUACAAUUACAUAGAGAGAUUCAAAUCUGGUAAACAUUAUUUUGUAUUCUCCGAAUUCAUACUUUAGAUCCAAUGUCACAAACACGUACAAUAGAGCUUCAACUUUUGGACCUGUAGACUCUUAAGAAAUCUAUCAGCUUAAGACUUUGUUUAGUUCAGUGGUUUACUGUAAUUUGCGUACUUCUAUUUUAUUUUCUAGUAAUUUCUAUAAUUUUUAGUUUUCGGUGUUGAAUUUCAUAUUUCGUUGCUUUAUUAUUAUUAUUUUUUUCUAUGUGAAGUGGUAUUACAUCUCA